AUGGUCAAGAAAACAGGCCCAACUAAGAAGGCUGCUCCUUCGUCCAAGCAUUCGAAACAGAGCAGCAAAAAGUCAAAUGCCCCGCCAGUGGAAGUCUCUUCACCAGCUCUCCAGAGCGAAGAAGAACAGCAGCGACUUCUAAAUAUCUUUUCAAGUGCUUUCAGCAAGACACUCGCCUCGGAUGAUUUCACAAUACUGCUCCAGGAAAUAAAACAGGCUUUGUUCAAUAGGGAGUUUGCUACCGCUUUUGGGAGAGAGGAUUAUCUUGAAGCCUACGCUGCUCGAUGGAGCCCCACACGAGCCCUUUGCUAUACGACGGUGCUACUCAGCAUCAAGGAUCACCUUGAUGGUAUUCUCAUUUCUAACAAGGAGUCACCACGCGAAGAAUCAGGUCUUAGCCGGAACCAGGGUGAAGUUCCCGCAGAUGAGAAUGACAAGCCGGAACUCGACUCUGAAGGUGGAAUAGAAUCCAUCAAAGAUCUCAAACUUGACAGCACUACACGGAACACCGCUCUACAUAUGCUAUCUGUCGGUGGCUGUGCUGCUGAGCACGUUGCGUUUGCUUCUUACAUUCAAACCACGUCCAUGAAUGGUCGUCUGACACUGCUCGAUUCGGGUCCUUGGGCGCUGGUCGUCUCCCUCCUAGAAUCGAGCACUAUCAACCCGCUACCAAUUUCCAAGUAUGCUUCUGCAGCUCGUCAAGCUGCUAACCGUCCACUGCUGGAAGAGGAUCAGCUCUCGCUCAGUUUUGUCCAGGAAGAUGUCUUGAGCCUUGAAGUCGAUUCACUUUCAGCUCAAUGCGCCAAUGGCAAGGUACCUAUACUCUUGACCAUGCUUUUUACACUCAAUGAAUUGUAUACGACGGCGGGAAUCGGAAAGACGACCAAGUUCCUCAAAAAUCUGGGACAGGUACUCGCCCCAGGUAGUCUCGUGCUCGUCGUGGAUAGUCCAGGCAGCUACUCAGAAGCAGCCUUGGGCAAGGAGAAGAAGAAAUACCCUAUGCAAUGGCUACUUGACCACACUCUUCUUGAAACUGACACCUCUGGGUACUCAUGGGAGAAGCUAGAAUCGGACGACUCUAUCUGGUUCCGUAUUCCAGAAGGCUUAUCGUAUCCGAUCGCCCUGGAAAAUAUGCGUUAUCAGAUGCACUUGUACCGUCUGCAAAAACCAAUUUGA